AUGGCACCAAUAUCUACUCAAACGGCCCCGAAAGCCUCUGCGACCGCCGAUCCAGACCCUCUAACCUCCACGAACGCGCUCGCGCCCACCACAGAAGACACAGCCGUACCCGACGCACCUCUCACCCCAAACACACCAACCACCAAAAAGCGCAAACGCAAAGACAAGCCCACCGAAAAGGCUAUUCAUAUCCUGCACCAGACCACAUUCCGAAAAACCAGCUGGAGUUACUUCCACCUUAUCCUCCUCACACCAGGAACCGCUUCCUUACCUCCCACCACCCCGUCCAACCCAUCCAACCCAUCUCCUCCCACACCCACACCCUCCAUCUCCCCCCUCCUAACCUCAACCCUCCUCACCGCCCCCCUGCGCGCCUACCUCGGUACCACCGGCACCGCGAUCCCCAUCGACACACUCAAGAUACAUGGAUGCGCGUGGGUUCCGGGCGAGUUUGAGUGGGUGGGUGGGGAGCUGUGA